CGUCGACGACUGCCGCGCCACCCCACGGCCACCCCUCAAUGCUAUAAAAGGGGGACUCCUCCCACUGAUCUGAGCACACCAUUCGCCUCCACUCAUCACCACACCACUCCUCGCCACUUCAAUUCCACCCAAUCAUCACCGGAGGCCGUCAAUUGCAAGGUCGCUGCCGCCGCCGGUACACGGAGUAAGGAGGAGCAGGAGGCCACCCCAGGAAGCGCCGCUGCUACCAGGGGGAUCCUCGUCCUCGACAACGUCGCGGCGCACCCCGCCGGCGAUCGCCGGAGCCCUCAGGCGCCCUCCGACCCCCUACUGCAGCCGCCGAUGGAGCCCGUGAACACGAAGUUUUACCAGCUUGGGAAUGGGGGAAGCUUGAUCUUCGAGCACGACCUCAACGCCCUGUCCGACCACCUUGGUCGCCCGCACCCCGAGUUCCACGGAUCGCAGAUCGCGAACCAGCCAGGAGGCGAACUGCAGUGGAUCAUCACCGCUGACUUGAGGGGCAAGAUGGAGCCUCCCACUUCUGAGAGGAUCCUCUUCUCCUUCAUGGAGAGCAACUGGCUGGACGGACUUGCCCGCGGCCUUCAGGAGGGACUCGCACGCUUGUGCGGGAUGAGCGGGGAGGCACUCCAGCACCCUCGCUUUUCCCACCUCGCGAGGCGUAACUCUGCUGGAGAACCCAUGGACAUGUCAUCGCACCCGCAGCUGAAGCACCACGUAGAGCAUCUCGACUUCAUGCUGUACCACACGCAGCAGGAUCUCGACCACUCCCGUGAGUACGCCAACCAGACUCACGCCCGCAUCAUCGAGCAAGGCGACUGCAUCAAGAUGCUCGCCAAGGACCGCAGGACUCUCCGCCAGCAGCGCGCGAAGAAAGAUGCCACCAUCGACCGCCUCCGCGCGAAGAUCGCAGCACUUGAGGCCACUGUCAAGGCCCAGGAGGAGCAGAUGAAGAAGAUGGAGGAAGAUGGAGAAGACAUUCAGGGAGGAAGCAACUACCUGAGUGACGACGACGACUUCGAGGAGGAUGAGAACACCGAGGGGGAAGACUACGACUUCCUGGAUGACGAGGAUGAUGAACACACCCCCAUCGAUGUUGAUGAGGAGGAGGAGUAGUUCACUUGUGCACUAUCGUAGGUGUGAGUUGUAUCCCGCCCCAUGUAUCGUAGCUUGGAGAAGAAGGGUUCUUAAAACCCUUAGUGUGCUAGCUUGUAAUGUGUGUUGUUUGCUAUGAAUGAAUGUAUGUUUGUGUCAUCAUGAAAAGACUUCAAGUUUUAAA